AGGGGCAGGCGGGAGGAGGCGAAGUGGCCGAGCUCGUGGGAGACGCUAUCGCAAGAUGGCGUCUGCGAGGCCGCGGGAUGCGGAGUGAGCGCGCCCCGCCGGGGGCUCUGCGAGGCUGCUCCGCUCCCGCCGCCGCCGCCGCCGCCACUGCGGCGCCGCCUCCCUGCCGGCCACUGCGCCGCGGCCAAGCCUCUCCGCCUCGCAGCGGCCCCCAGCGUCCGGGCCUGCAGCUUCUCCUGCCACGCCCCUCGGCCACCCGCUCCCUCCGAGGUGUGAGCGCGUCAGGCCGAUGCGGUGAUCUCUGGCCCGCCUGGGAGGAGCGCGUGGACUGGCGGGCGGAGGCGAGCAGGCGGCGAGCGCCUUUACAAUGGCCCUGACCCUGUUUGAUACAGAUGAAUAUAGACCUCCUGUUUGGAAAUCUUACCUAUAUCAGCUGCAACAGGAAGCUCCUCAUCCUCGAAGAAUUACAUGUACUUGUGAGGUAGAAAACAGACCAAAGUAUUAUGGAAGAGAGUUUCACGGCAUGAUCUCCAGAGAAGCAGCUGACCAGCUCUUGAGUGUGGCUGAGGGGAGCUACCUCAUUCGGGAGAGUCAGCGGCAACCAGGAACCUACACUUUGGCUUUAAGAUUUGGAAGUCAAACCAGAAACUUCAGGCUCUACUACGAUGGCAAGCACUUUGUUGGGGAGAAACGCUUUGAGUCCAUCCACGAUCUGGUGACUGAUGGCUUGAUUACUCUCUAUAUUGAAACCAAGGCAGCAGAAUACAUUGCCAAGAUGACGAUAAACCCAAUUUAUGAGCACAUAGGAUACACAACCUUAAACAGAGAGCCAGCAUACAAAAAACACAUGGCAGUCCUGAAAGAGACACAUGAUGAGAGAGAUGCUGCAGGCCAGGAUGGGGUAUCAGAGAAAAGGUUGACAUCACUUGUUAGAAGAGCAACUCUGAAAGAAAAUGAGCAAAUUCCAAAAUAUGAAAAGGUUCACAAUUUCAAGGUCCAUACAUUCCGAGGACCACACUGGUGUGAAUACUGUGCCAACUUCAUGUGGGGCCUCAUCGCUCAGGGAGUGAAAUGUGCAGAUUGUGGUUUGAAUGUUCAUAAGCAGUGUUCCAAGAUGGUCCCAAAUGACUGUAAGCCAGACUUGAAGCAUGUGAAGAAGGUGUAUAGCUGUGAUCUUACGACACUUGUGAAAGCCCACAUCACCAAGCGGCCAAUGGUGGUGGACAUGUGCAUCAGGGAGAUCGAGUCUAGAGGUCUUAAUUCUGAAGGACUAUACCGAGUAUCAGGAUUUAGUGACCUAAUUGAAGAUGUCAAGAUGGCCUUUGACAGAGAUGGUGAGAAAGCAGAUAUUUCUGUGAACAUGUAUGAAGAUAUCAACAUUAUCACUGGUGCGCUUAAACUGUACUUCAGGGAUUUGCCAAUUCCACUCAUCACAUAUGAUGCCUACCCUAAGUUCAUAGAGUCUGCCAAGAUUAUGGAUCCUGACGAGCAAUUGGAAACCCUUCAUGAGGCACUGAAACUCCUGCCCCCUGCUCACUGCGAAACCCUCCGGUACCUCAUGGCUCAUCUAAAGAGGGUGACCCUCCACGAAAAGGAAAAUCUUAUGAGUGCAGAAAACCUUGGAAUUGUUUUCGGUCCAACCCUUAUGAGAUCCCCAGAACUAGAUGCAAUGGCGGCAUUGAACGAUAUACGAUACCAGAGACUGGUGGUGGAGCUGCUUAUCAAAAAUGAAGACAUUUUAUUUUAGAUUUUUAAUUUCAGGGGGAAAGAAAUGUUUUACAGAUGAAGGAAUGUUUUAUAGUAAUUUAAUUGGCUCCAUUAGCUGAAUUAUUUCUCCGUUAGAGGUUUGGGCAAAUAACCAGAUUAAAAUGAAGGAACUUUCUGUUGUUUCUGUAGCGCUGCUCAGCUGUCCUUGUAAAACAGUGAACACACGCUUUCCGGUUCUAGUAAUCCUGGGUGUUUAUCAUGUUAAGAGAAACUCAAGCUAUUGCAUGAUUACCCCCUACUUGGUAAGGAAACUCCAUGCCAAGGAAACAGCAGACCUGCACCCGCACCGCCUCCCCAUCCUGGGUAGUCUGUGGUUGUGAUCCAGCAUGUUUCACAGAGUAAACCUGUUGUGACUUUGCUUUUGGGGUCCAUGCCUUUGGUUUCUAAUGCUUGUACAAACAUGCACACACGAGUGGAUAAACAGCACCCCUGGCUGUCGUAUUACCAUAGACUAUAUCAUAUGCUGACUUUCCACAGAUGGUUUAUUUCCAGUUUUUCUUAGCUCUUCUCUAACAUAGUACUUUCUUUCCAGCAAAAGCAAAAUGUGUUUUCAGAUUUGUUACUUUAAUAAGUUAUCCUACCAAUAAAAAUGUACAACACAGAGCAUCUUCUGUUAAAUUAUCUUUGGUUUUCAGUUGUAAUUUUGUAUUUUUAUCUGGCAUGCAUUUAUUAAUUUAUUAAAAUUGGCUUUUAGAAAU